AAAUUAAUUUAUGAUUGUAGAUCAUCAAUGUGUAUUUGAAGAUUUUAGAAAGAGACUCGAAUUCCACAGUCAGAGUUGUCGAUACUUUCUGGUAUAAUACCAUCAAUAAGAAGGUGUCAGCUAAGCGCCUAAAAAAGGAUGUUGAUAUUUUGAAAAAAAGAUUGGUUUUAAUACCUAUUCAUUUAGGAAUUCAUUGGUGUUUGUGCGCUGUUGAUAAUAUAAACAAAUCCAUCACAUAUUACGACAGCCUGCACUCAAAGAAUGAUAAAUGCCUAGAGGUUAUUGAAAAGUACCUGCAAAGUUUGGGAGAGAAGCGAUGGAGUAAAAUUCAUGAGAAGAAUAUCGCAUUGCAAACCAAUUCGUAUGACUGUGGUGUUUAUACCUGCUUCUUUGCGAAGCAGUUGAUAAUGUCUGAAUCUCUUCAAAAAUGUAGCAGCAACAUGAACGACUUCAGAAUCGAAAUGCUAUGCAGUAUACUCUCUAACUGCAAAGCUAUGCAUAAGGAAAAACCGAAAAAUCCACCGAAUAUGUUGAAGUCUACGACGGUAAAAACUUAUGGAAUACCUUCGACUAUUCCUGGAGUCGUUGUCCUGCAAUCAUCAAGCUUCCAUCAAGGUGACCAGAAAGUAUUCAAGCAUCGACUUGCUGGUGCUCAAUGCACUUCAAUCUCAGCAGUAGCAUGCUGCAUUUUAUCAAGAAAAAUUGAACCCGUUAUGAGAGAAGAUCUUGAAAAAAUACUAAUUCAAGGAGAUCAAUACUAUUUGCAAUGCAAGAAGAUAGCCAUUGAAGCAGAUUACCUAAAUGUUGAAGAUUUGUUGGAAUCUUUUAUUGUGGAUGACAAUUUGGUCAUAUUAACUUAUGAAGACAUUACAUACGGCAGAUUCUGUGACAGCGAUCUCCGUAGUAAAUUGUGUGAAUGCAUCAAUGUUUGUUGCCAACGAAGCAAACUAAGCGUCAGCAGUGGUUUCUUGUUUACUGGCCAACAGAAAACAGUUUCUUUUGUUGUAAGACCGGAUAACACAUUUUGGCUAUUCAACUCUCAUUGUGUUGAUGUAAACAACCGAUUUCCGAUUCAAGAACCCUCUGAAGGAACAGCUCGAUUAUUUAAAUGUGCGAAUCCUGAAGCUCUUGCUUCGUUACUGGUAGCUGAUAUGAGGAGUAGUUCAGAUUAUUGGAGUAUUUGCCAAUUAAAAUUCUCCAUUCAGUCGUGA